AUGUGGAAGCAAUUGCUGAGAACUAGGGAUAAAGCAUUGAUUCUUUGUGAUGGAGUUGACAAUCUAAAGAAUCUCAUCAAUUCAUGUUGCAGGAACUCCAAAAUCAAGCUUUCAGCUUUGUAUUAUGCUUUAUCUCUGGCUAUAGGAAAUGUACCAUGCUUCAAAACAGUGUGGGAGAACUUGAUUAUUUCUAAACAUUCAUUUAUCUCUUGGUUGGCAGUUCAAGAUUGCCUCCUUACUCAAGACAAGCUUCUUAGAAGAGGAAUCAUUACAACUAAUGUCUGUAACUUGUGCUCUGGUGCAGGAAUGGAGUCUAGGGAUCAUUUGUUCUUUGAUUGCUCCUUCUCAUGUAGAGUGUGGAAUAGCAUCAUGGAAUGGUUAAAAUUCAAAUGGAGAUCUGCAAACUGUGCACACAUUAUGUUCUGGUUCUCUUCAAGGCUAAGGGGAAAUGGUUUCAAACAGAGGCUCAAGAGACUGGCGUUUACAGCUACAAUCUACAACAUUUGGUGUGAAAGAAAUGAGAGAAUUUCUCAGCAAAUGAAGUUUGUUGUCUUCAUGAAUUUUUGUAUUCUCAGUUAA